CCAGUCAAUCAGAGGCAGGAUAGGGGCGGGUCUUCCCCCACCUCGGGUGAGAAAAAAAAUAACGCCGCUGCACCAUCAACCUGAGUUGCAGUAAAGGGAAAUCGGGAUAAGGAUUCUCUUUCCACUUAACACAGCUAAUUUCCAUCAUGGCAUUGAGAAACGCUGUGUGCCGUCUCUUCGUCAAGCCUCAGAGAUGUGCCAUCAUUACCGCUUCCAGAGCACAGGGCACUGCAGUUCCUGCCAGAUGGGAUACAGAGACAACUGAACAGAAGUCUAAAGCACCUAAGGUCCAGUUCAACUGGCGUGAUGCCCUUGACCUGGAGGGCCAGCUAACAGAGGAGGAGAUCAUGAUCAGGGACUCCUUCCGGACCUACUGCCAAGAGAAACUCAUGCCUCGCAUCCUGAUGGCAAACAGGAAUGAAGUGUUCCACAGAGAAAUUGUGUCAGAGAUGGGAGAGAUGGGUGUCUUGGGCCCAACCAUUAAAGGUUAUGGCUGUGCUGGGACAAGCUACGUGGCCUAUGGUUUGAUUGCCAGAGAAGUAGAGAGAGUGGACAGUGGCUAUCGCUCAGUCAUGAGUGUGCAGUCAUCACUGGUCAUGCACCCCAUUAAUGCCUAUGGCACAGAGGAGCAGAAACAAAAGUACCUCCCCAAGCUGGCUCGUGGAGAGAUCCUGGGUUGCUUUGGCUUGACAGAGCCUAACCAUGGUAGUGACCCUAGUAGCAUGGAAACCAGAGCCAAAUACAAUCCAUCCAGUCGCACCUACACUGUCACUGGCUCAAAGACUUGGAUCACCAACUCCCCAGUGGCAGACAUGGCUGUAGUCUGGGCCAAAUGUGAUGAUGGGAAGGUCCGUGGCUUCAUCUUGGAGCGUGGCAUGAAGGGCCUCUCCACACCUAAGAUUGAGGGAAAGUUCUCCCUGAGAGCCUCUGCCACCGGUAUGAUGCUCAUGGACGAGGUGGAGGUUCCUGAGGAGAACUUGCUGCCUAAUGUCUCCGGCCUUGGGGGUCCUUUUGGCUGCUUGAACAACGCCCGGUAUGGAAUUGCAUGGGGUGCUCUGGGUGCUGCAGAGUUCUGUUUCCAUGCGGCUCGUCAGUACACACUCGACAGAAUCCAGUUUGGUGUGCCACUGGCAAGGAAUCAGCUGAUGCAGAAGAAAAUGGCUGACAUGCUGACAGAGAUUACAAUCGGCCUACAGUCAUGUCUGCAGCUGGGAAGACUCAUCGAUGAGAAAAAAGUAGCCCCAGAGAUGAUAUCCAUGCUCAAGAGGAACAGUUGCGGUAAAGCCUUGGACAUCGCCAGGCAGGCCAGAGACAUGCUGGGUGGAAACGGCAUCGCAGAUGAGUACCACAUCAUCCGCCACGUAAUGAACCUGGAGGCUGUCAACACAUACGAAGGUACUCAUGAUAUCCAUGCACUGAUCCUGGGCAGAGCCAUCACAGGACUGCAGUCCUUCACUGUGGGCAAAUAGAUCCAACCUCUCAGCAUAUAUAUACCCAGCCGACAGAACUCUUCUGUCAGAAAUGUAAUUCACAUGUCAACUCUGUAAUAAAGCACAAGCAGUUUUCAGAUAAUUUUGAUGAAGUGACAUCUGUAUAGUGGCAAUGUUUAUUUUCUCUCAGGUUUGUGGAAUACAUAUUGAAUGCUUUAUUUUGAGAGAAAGAACAAGCCAAUUUUUACACCAUACUUGUGAACUGUUGUGAAGUGUAAUUAAUUCAGAUGUGGAUUUUCAACUUAAAGAGGGCUAUUUUUCUACUCUGUUUAAACAGUGUGGCAAUGAUUUCUUUUUCAGCUCCCUAUUUCCCAGUUGUAUAGAAAAAGGCAAAUUGAUUGUAUAGACUUUAAUUGUCAUACUGUAGCAAAGUAUGAAUAAAACUAUGAAUGAGGUCAAGAUCGGUCAAGAUACUUUAUGGUUACCGAUGUAUGCAAAGUUAAUAGUGUAAUUAUAAAGCAACAAAGCAUAAAUUCCUACAACCGA